AUGUCGAGACAGGCGGCUGCGAGGAAGGUGCCUAAGGGGGAGUAUAUUGAGACGGACAGCGGCAACAAAGUGAGCCGCCGCGCGCACAUCAGCGGCACCGCGAACAUCACGCUCGGCGGCAAGACGGUCAUCAUGGCCGACGUGCACCUGCGCGGCGACCUGCACCGCUUCAAGAGCGAGACGCCCAGCAGCAGCGGAGGCGGGGCGCCGCCGGCCGCUGCGUCUGCUGCCACCGCUAUCAGCAUCGGGAAGUGCACGGUUGUCAGCACCGGCUGCGUCAUUAAGCCCCCGGCCAGGAUUAGUCGGGGCCAGUUGAACUAUUACCCGAUGAAGAUUGGUGAUAAUGUCUUUAUUGGACCCAACUCGCACAUCUCCGCAGCCAGCAUAAGCAGCCACGUGCACGUCGGCGAGCAAUGCGUGCUCGAGCCCUUCUGCAUCAUCCGCGACAACGUCAAAGUGCUCCCCCACAGCGUCGUGCCCGCAAACAUGGUGAUUCCCUCCAACUCGGUCGUGGGCGGGCGGCCGGCGCGCGUCGUCGGCGAGCUGGGCGAGGGCUGGGGCGUGGUUGCUGGCGCGAACGCGGGCGGCUUGGGUGGCUUGGGCGGCCCGGGUGGUGGCCAGGGCGUCGAGUGGGUUGAGGGCGGCGAUUUGAGGGAGUUGGUUAGGAGUAUUCGGUAG